GCUUGCUCAAUGUAAGUUCAGGGUAAGUUCAGGAGCGCGAUUGGAUCUGCGCAUGGCUGUGUUCCAUCAAAGUGCUAUGAACGAAUUGUCUCUGAUCUAUCGGGCCAAGUUGCGAGAUCCCACCAUUCCAAACGUUGAAGAUAUGGAGUGUGUGAAGGAAGCGUGCCGUGAGUUGGUUGGGAUCCUGGGUGUGUGGUGCGCAACCAAGCCCAUUGCUGAUUUGGGCACUGCAAUUAUACAAGUCAGCGCCAAAGAAGAGCUGGGCGCAGACGAGUUUGAUGGUCGCAUCACGCAUCAGUCGUUGGCGCCCACUGCAGACCGGACCAAUUUGAUGACUCUGUCUUAUCUGGGGCGAGAGAAGCGCGAUGUAUUGUUCCAGAGCCUCCGCCUGGCUGAGCGCAUUCUGUCUAAUUGGCUGUGGUCCGAUGCCAUUCUCCAAGACCGAGGUCUCCACGACACAGUGAGUGAUUGUGUGAGGGUUUUGCGAGAUGCACAGGCCUGUCUUUAGGGCAGCUGAAACCAAACCGA